GCCUCAGGACAGGCACUGGCAGGCGGGCUGGCGGCGCUGCUUUUGUGUGUUAGGCUCCAAGGUGCUGGAGACCACCCCUAGCCCGCGGCCGCGUCCCCUCGCGCUCCCCGGCCCCUCCUUUCGGCGUUUCCAGCCCCCCUGCUCAACUCUGCGUGCCAGCUGGGGGAUCGCUGGUUCGCUCCCCGCACGCCAGGAGGAGGGGCGAGGGCCGGCAGCCCCCUCCUUCGCGUGUGGCGCCGGAGCCUAGCCCAGCCCCGGGGACCCGCCGCCGCUGGUCAUGUGGGCCGGACUGUUCCUCCGGGCCGCCUGCGUCGCGCUCUUGCUGACCCGGGCCCCGGCCCGAGGCUACACCGGGAGGAAGCCACCCGGUCAUUUCGCGGCGGAGAGACGCCGGCUGGGCCCCCACGUCUGCCUCUCUGGGUUCGGGAGUGGCUGCUGCCCUGGCUGGGUGCCCUCCAUGGGCAGUGGGCACUGUACCCUGCCUCUCUGCUCCUUUGGCUGUGGGAGUGGCAUCUGCAUCGCUCCCAAUGUCUGCUCCUGCCAGGAUGGAGAGCAAGGGGCCACCUGUCCAGAGGCCCACGGACCGUGUGGGGAGUAUGGCUGUGACCUUACCUGUAACCAUGGUGGCUGUCAAGAGGUGGCCCGGGUGUGCCCUGUGGGCUUCUCGAUGACAGAGACAGCUGUUGGCAUCAGGUGUACAGACAUUGAUGAAUGUUUAAGCUCCUCUUGCGAGGGCCACUGCGUGAACACAGAAGGCGGGUUUGUGUGUGAGUGUGGGCCAGGCAUGCAGCUGUCUGCCGACCGCCACAGCUGCCAAGACACUGAUGAAUGCCUAGGAACCCCUUGUCAGCAGAGAUGUAAAAAUAGCAUCGGCAGCUACAAGUGUUCCUGUCGAACUGGCUUCCACCUCCACGGCAACCGGCAUUCCUGUGUAGAUGUAAACGAGUGUCGGAGACCACUGGAGAGGCGAGUCUGUCACCAUUCCUGCCAUAACACCGUGGGCAGCUUCCUGUGCACAUGUAGACCUGGCUUCAGGCUCAGAGCUGACCGCGUCUCCUGUGAAGCUUUCCCAAAGGCUGUGCUGGCCCCAUCUGCCAUCUUGCAGCCCCGGCAACACCCUCCCAAGAUGCUCCUCCUGCUUCCGGAGGCAGGCCGGCCUGCCCUGUCCCCAGGACACAGCCCUCCUUCUGGGGCUCCAGGGCCUCCAGCAGGAGUCAAGACCACCCACCUGCCAUCUCCCACCCCACCACUACCCAUGUCCUCCCAUUCUGACCCUACGAGGGUGCUCUCCACUCCGAUGGCUACCCCAGUGCCUACUGCCUCCCUGCUGAGAACGCUCAGGCCUCCCUCACUCCUCCAGGGGGAGGGGUUGGGGACCCCUUCCUCACCGAGGGGCCCUGAGGUCCCACGACUAGCAACAAGGCCUUCUCCCUGUUGGCACCUGGGAGCCAUAUAUAAAUCAGGGAGCCGCUGGACUGAGCCUGGGUGUUCCCAGUGCUGGUGUGAGGACGGAGAGGUGACCUGUGAAAAGGUGAGGUGUGAAGCCGCUUGUUCCCACCCGAUUCCCUCCAAAGAUGGGGGGUGCUGCCCCUCAUGUACAGGCUGUUUUCACAGUGGCGUUGUCCGAGCUGAGGGGGACGUGUUUUCACCUCCCAAUGAGAACUGCACCGUCUGUGUCUGCCUGGCUGGGAACGUUUCCUGUAUUUCCCCCGAGUGUCCCUCUGGCCCCUGUCAGACUCCUCCCCAGUCUGAUUGCUGUACUUGUGUCCCAGUGAGAUGCUAUUUCCAUGGCCGGUGGUACUCGGAUGGGGCUGUGUUCAGUGUGGGUGGUGACGAGUGUACCACCUGUGUCUGCCAGAAUGGGGAGGUGCAGUGUUCCUUCAUGCCAUGUCCUGAGCUGGACUGUCCCCAAGAGGAGUGGUGGCUGGGCCCUGGACAGUGCUGCUUCACCUGCCGGGAGCCCACGCCCACAACAGGCUGCUCUCUCGAUGACAAUGGGGUUGAGUUUCCGAUUGGACAGAUCUGGUCGCCUGGUGACCCCUGUGAGUUAUGCAUCUGCCAGGCAGAUGGCUCGGUGAGCUGCAAGAAGACAGACUGUGUGGACUCCUGCCCUCACCCCAUCCGGAUCCCUGGACAGUGCUGCCCUGACUGUUCAGCAGGCUGCACCUACACAGGCAGGAUCUUCUACAACAAUGAGACCUUCCCGUCUGUGCUGGACCCGUGUCUGAGCUGCAUCUGCCUGCUGGGCUCAGUGGCCUGUUCACCUGUGGACUGCCCCAUCACCUGUACCUACCCUUUUCACCCUGAUGGGGAGUGCUGCCCCGUGUGUCAAGACUGCAACUACGAGGGGAGGAAGGUAGUGAAUGGCCAGGUGUUCACUUUGGAUGAUGAGCCUUGUACCCGGUGCACAUGCCAGCUGGGAGAGGUGAGCUGUGAGAAGGUCUCCUGCCAGCGGGCUUGUGCUGACCCCUCCCUGCUCCCUGGGGACUGUUGCUCCACCUGCCCAGAUUCUCCAUUUCCUCUGGAAGAAGGACAGGGGCUGUCCCCUUCUGGAGAUGUGGAAUUCAGCAAAGUUGCUCGGAGCCCCCGUGGAGAUGCUAAGGCCCCUGUCAACUGUAGCUCCUGCCCAGGGCCUCUGUCAGCAUCACCCCUGAGGCCAAUGCUCCAUCUUCUCCAGCUCCUCUUAAGAACAAACUUGUCUAAUACGCAAACUUUACCUCCAGGCCCCUCACGGGCUCAGGUUUCACCCUCACCCACUUUGGGGCCAGGGACCACUUUCCCAGGGGAGCCAAGGGCUACCCAGUUUUCUCGACUCCCACCAGGGCCUUUGACCCCUUCAGGAGCCUCCAUUCUACCUCCAGCCUCUCUGGGGACUCCUCAGCCACCUUCUGUGACUCUGAAGGGCUCCUCCUCAGACUCUGGGCCCCAGACAGCAUCCAGGUGGCCUUCUCUGCCUGCUGCCCUCCUGACUGAAGCUUCAGCACUUUCCACAAUGGACCCCACUCCAUCGGAGAACCCCAUCACCCUCCUCAAGUCUCAUACCUCUCCCACCACCUCCAGCCUUUCUUCGGCCCUUGCUGCCACCGUCCGUCCUGGUCCCCGGUGGCCCUCAGCAGGGACCUCAAAGGGGGAAGAGUCCACUGAGUAAGCAGGUCACUAUGCCUGGGAGGCUCUGGACAGAAGAGACUCUGCCAGUGGCCUGUGGCAUGUGCAGCAGCCCCUGCCAGGAUGUACUUGUGCAGGGCUCCUGGUGGGGAUGGAAGACCCCCAGCUGGAUGUGACCUUGUUCCUGAGGAGUGUUAGGAAGGUGCUGAAAGAAUUAAGCAAGUGGUGCUCUCCACUGUCAGCAUCCUCCCUGGACCACAUGCUGGCUCGUCUUUAGAGAAAAUUCAAGGCUGCCAAGCUCUCUUCUGGAGGAAGAGGAGCAGAUAGGCCGGGAUUCCACUGGGACUCUGCUACCAGUCCUCAUAUGUCCUCUACUGAGGUUUCCCGAUUAAAGCUUGUCUCAGUUUC